AUGGGCGAGGACACGGACACGCGGAAAAUUAACCACAGCUUCCUGCGGGACCACAGCUAUGUGACAGAAGCUGACGUCAUCUCCACUGUCGAGUUCAACCACACUGGGGAACUGCUCGCCACAGGUGACAAGGGUGGCCGGGUGGUUAUCUUCCAGCGGGAACCAGAGAGUAAGAAUGCACCUCACAGCCAGGGUGAGUACGAUGUGUACAGCACCUUCCAGAGCCACGAGCCAGAGUUUGACUACCUGAAGAGCCUGGAGAUAGAGGAGAAAAUCAACAAGAUCAAAUGGCUUCCACAGCAGAACGCCGCACACUCACUGCUGUCGACCAAUGAUAAAACUAUUAAAUUAUGGAAGAUUACAGAGCGAGACAAGAGGCCCGAGGGUUACAACCUGAAGGAUGAGGAGGGGAAGCUGAAAGACCUGUCCACGGUGACCUCACUGCAGGUGCCUGUGCUGAAGCCCAUGGACCUGAUGGUGGAGGUGAGCCCCAGAAGGAUCUUUGCCAAUGGCCACACCUACCACAUCAACUCCAUCUCCGUCAACAGCGACUGCGAGACGUACAUGUCAGCAGACGACCUACGCAUCAACCUCUGGCAUCUGGCCAUCACUGAUCGGAGCUUCAACAUUGUAGACAUCAAGCCAGCCAACAUGGAGGACCUCACGGAGGUGAUCACAGCAUCCGAGUUCCAUCCACACCACUGCAACCUCUUCGUCUACAGCAGCAGCAAGGGCUCCCUGCGGCUCUGUGACAUGCGGGCAGCCGCCCUGUGCGACAAGCACUCCAAGCUCUUUGAAGAGCCUGAGGACCCCAGCAACCGCUCCUUCUUCUCAGAGAUCAUCUCCUCGGUGUCCGACGUGAAGUUCAGCCACAGUGGGCGCUACAUGCUCACGAGGGAUUACCUCACGGUCAAGGUCUGGGACUUGAACAUGGAGGCAAGGCCCAUAGAGACCUACCAGGUCCACGACUACCUGCGGAGUAAGCUCUGCUCUCUGUAUGAGAGUGACUGCAUCUUCGACAAGUUUGAGUGUGCCUGGAAUGGGAGUGACAGUGUCAUCAUGACAGGGGCCUACAACAACUUUUUCCGCAUGUUCGACCGCAACACCAAGCGGGAUGUGACGCUGGAGGCCUCAAGGGAGAGCAGCAAACCCAGAGCGGUGCUCAAGCCAAGGCGCGUGUGUGUGGGUGGCAAGCGGCGGCGUGAUGACAUCAGUGUGGACAGCUUGGACUUCACCAAGAAGAUCCUGCACACGGCCUGGCACCCAGCCGAGAAUAUCAUUGCCAUUGCAGCCACCAACAACCUGUACAUCUUCCAGGAUAAGGUCAAUUCUGACAUGCACUAG